AUGACAUAUGAGAGGAUCAUCAAUAUUAAUGUAAAUAGGUUUGGGUUUAGUCAAAGUUUGCCUCGGCUAGAUUUUACUUUUAACCGCCUUGGGAACACUACUAACGAUGGGAUUGACGAGAGCAGUGUUCGGAACAGAACCGACAAAACUGCCGAAACCAUUACUUUUGUUCUUCCAAAAGUACUCGUACACAUUGAGCCUCCCGACCCUCGGAGCCACAGGGAGCGACUGUGGGACAACCGAUAUCUCAUCUUCUUCCUCCUCCUUGCAUGCCAAAGCGGCGCUCACGUUCCCCACCACCACAAACUUUUUCAUCAUCAGCCUCUUCUCCGGAAGACCUAUAUUCGACAUCUUGUUCUCCACCACAAACUCCUCUCCCUUUCCAUCACCACCGUCAUCAUUAUCACCGUCGUCGUCAGCAAAUACCCUUUCGCCACGUGUCCCCAUGAGCGUGAGCACGAGCCGCCCACCCUGUCUGAGUACCCGGAAGUUGUUUUUGGGCGAGACGGGAACUGCCUCGAGGACGAGACGACCGUUUUCCCGUCGCGCCUGCAGCUGGCGGUGGGCCGACGGGAGGGGCGGCGGGAGGGGCCUCGCCGGCGCGCUCUUGUACUUGACGACUUGGACAUCGGCGUACAAAUCGAGUUUGUAGUGAUACUCUCUUUGCGUUUGGGCUCGGUUUUCAAAGUGGAGUUGGUUUUCGGUGGAGGGGAAAUAACAGUCGGAGCCAGUCUCGGAGCCGAGGCUCUCGGUGCAGAUCUCGAGACUGCGUUGGGUCAUGCGGCUCUUGACGAGGCCGGGGUGGACGUAAGGGGUAGUUUGCGGGAGGGAAGAGGGUUCGCUCUUGUGGGAGAGAAUCGAGCCCCACGGACGAUCCGUCUCUUGUCGGGAGGCUCGGUUGUUGCUAGCCUGGAUCGAUCUCCAGACCUCGUCCUGGUCUGGAGUCCGAUUGAAUUGCUCCUCUUCCUCAGCAGAAGAGGAAGAGGAGUAUGA